CGGCCUGCGCUAGGCGGCGCUGGCCCGGCGGGGCGGGGCUUGCGACGGCGGCAGUUUGCAGGAAGCGGCGGGGAGCGCGAGGGGUGUCCCGCGCCCGACCCGGCUCCGCCCAGCCUCCCCCGCAGCAUGGUGCCGGCCGGCAGUGCACGCAGGCUGGUUUCCAUUCUCAGUCAGGCCCUGGAAGACUGUGCUGAGCAAAAGAAGAAGUUAGAGGACAAUCUAACCCUAUGUCGGGCCCUUCUUGGAGACUGGAAGGUGCAAACUCCUGAGCGUCCAAAGCCGGAGAAUGGCCCAAAGGGUGACCAAGAGAGUGAGCCUUCACCCAAGGAACUGGAGGAGCUGGAGCUGCUGAACAGAGCCCUUGAGAAAGCAUUAAGAGUCCGGAAAAGCACCCUGCGAAAUCCUUUGGAGGCCCUAGGAGAAGGAAGGAAGGCAGCAGAGAAGAAACCUGCUACCAGCGCUGUUAGAACGCAGCAGGCACCCUUGUCUAAAGAGAGUGUCCCUAACACCAUCAAGGUGACAUCUGUGUGCAAAAAGGCUGUCUCAUCCAAAAAGCUCUCUGCUUAUAUGCUGAAAGCUCCCUACAGGACUGAUCCUGUGAAAGCACCAACCAGCCAGAGCUCCAGGGCUCCAAAGGUGGCUGGGAAGGGCUCCACUAAAGGGGCUGCCCUCCAACAAGCGAGGAAGACUGUGCCAGCUGCCAGUGUGAGUCAGCAAGAGUUCUCUGCUGCUGCAGAACCAUCUGGCUCAUCCAGAUCUCCCCUGCAGCAGAGCUCUUCUUCCUCUGGAGGCUCUGCUAGUGCCGAAAACUCGGUAGCUGUCAUCCUACAGGGAGUUGAACCAGAGAAUGACUGUCCUGGUUCCUUGGCAGAGUCUCCAGUGACACAGAGCCAUACAGGAGGAGAUAUCCCUGUGGGGAGUACCACGGCCCGCACAUUCACCCUCCAGGAAAAGGGGUCUUCGUUGAAGCUACCGCUUCCGUAUAGGAAAGCCUAUUCCAGGAACUCCAGACUGUGGGAGAAGUGUCACCUGUGCCAAAGCAGCUCAGCCACAGCUGCUGCAAGGAGUCGCUUUCUAGAGAGAAUGCAGGCGACCUUUUGUUCCUCUGCACCAGCCUUUAGUCCUGCAGAGAUAGAAGAGGGGGUGAUGGUCCUGCGUGAUGCACGUUCUCUCCUGAGCCAGUACAUGGAAGCUGAGACCACAGGCUACCCAACUUGGGAGAGAGAGUAUGAAUGUCUCCUGACCCUGGAAGGCCUGCAAGACACAGCAUCCCAGUGUCUGCACAAGCUACAGCUGCUGCGUGCAGCUGCGGAGUGCCAGAUGGCGGUAUACCCAGCAGACUGUGCUCACAGAACGGGGACCUCCCCUGCAGAUUGCGCUGCACUCAGAGGACAAAGAUGUGGGGACACAGGUGUCCUGGCAACACCUCUCCUUUUUUACUCCAGCUGCCAGGAGCUGAGGGACAUGGCCACCUUGAAACUGCAGGUGGUGAUGCUGCGCCAGCAAAUCGACAUACAGAAGGUCUUCAUAGCCGAGCUUCUCCCCAUUCUGGAAUCCAGGCUCCCUUGUGAUGAUUCUCCAUCUCCUCUGUACCGCGCACUUUACACCCAACUCUGUGAAGGAGGUGAGCGGUUCCCUGUGCUGAUGAAUGAUGAGCUGCCAGACUGACCCUGCAUCCCGCCUGCUGUCCUGCCGGCCAUCCCCAAGCCCAGAGAGAGCCAAGAAAUAAACUUUUCUUAGUAAUUUUUUUCCCUCUUCCCACCUGACAAACAAAAUUAAAUUUCACGCUGGUUGCUAACUCCA